GCCCUCAAUAGUAAUGUUACAGAAGCCCAUCGUCAGUGGAUUACUACAAGUAAAUCCCUUGCAGACGCUUUCAUGGCUGUCGCGCAUCCAAACCGUAAUAGCCUUCACAAAUCAACAUAGCGCUGUCCUCCUCAACGCUCUGGUCAAUUUUAUUCUAUAAAUACAGGGAGGGUGGCACCCUACUCCAAACAGCAAAUUAAUAUGAGUGUACUCUAGGCGUAUUUGAAGUUACCGCAUCGCUUUGUAUGACCGGAUGCUCUGAGCAUUAAGUAGUUACCAGGCCUUCGGUGACAACCAAGGGCGCUUGGUAAUUCGAGCGCCCAAAUAGGAUGGCCACCACGGAGCGCUCAACAUCCACGACGCCAGGCCUCAGCCCACUUGUGUUGAACAUUAGUAGCAAUGAAGCAAAAAUUCUGGCCCUUGAAAGGCGGAUGGCCGGCCAGGACCCUAGUUUGGGCGCAUCCGGCAGCGGCAAUGUUGCUCCGCUAGCAAGCUCCUCCAUUUUCCAGCAGCUUCCGCAGCAGCUCGCCAACUCUCUUGGGCUAGCUCGUCAGGGUAGCCCCAGUGAUCGUCAGCUUCUAGGAACUGCUUCCCUAGACGCUGCAACCGGCCAUGUUGCGUCAAACACCGCCACAGCCAGCAAGCCGCAAGCAGCCGCCUUUCCCCUCCCUGGACCGCCAGCCUCAGCACCGCUGGCGUCCUCAACUUACCCUGCAGCGGCUGCGGGUGACCCUGCUUUUAAGCACCGUCGAACAGGCGGGUCUCCAGCGGAUAACCGCAGCCCUGGCGGCCCUGUUGUCUUCAGCAUUGGAGGAGGCGCUGGCAGCGCUACUCCUGUUGCGGCAGCAGGGCCCCCCGCACAGGAAGCAGACCUCACCGGUGGACCCGGAGCCAUCAGCGUCGGCGACGGCAGCGGGGCCGCUGCUGCUUUCAUGGCUGUAGCAACGGCGUCCUCUGCCGCUUGCCGUACUCCCCUCUCGGACAUUACCCCGAGCGGCUUGCAUGGGGCCCGGCAGGCGCUGCGAUCAGGCGCUGCCGAUGCGGCGGGUCAGCAGCCGCAUGCUGGGUUGCUUCCGUCUCCGCCGCUGGCGGCCCUCGCAGCAGCGACUCCGCCGCCGCCGACACCGCUGACAGCGGCCGCGGUGGCCGCCACGCGAGCAGUUGUCGCCGCUGCCGCCGGCGCUUCACACCAAAACCAGCAGCAGCAGCAACAGGGGGUAACUGCCGCUGAGUCACAACAGCAACUUGCGGCAGCGGGUGCGGCUCCUGCGGGAGCUGGUGGCGGCGGUGGGGGCGGUGGGGGCGGCAGCAGGUCCCGCAAGCGCAAGCAGCGGGAGCCCCGACACGAGCCGCGGGGCGCCGGGGGCAAAGGCGGAGGCGGUACAGCCGCGGCAGGCGGUGGUGGAGUCAUGACGCCGAUCGCUGAGGGUCGCGAAGUGGCAGAUGUAGCUGACCCCGGUGCCGCUGGCGGAGGCGCCGUCAACACGCAGACGGCGGCGGCGACGACACCCGCUGGCGGCGGCGGAGGCGCUGUACGACAGCUCUUUGAAGAGGCGGCAGCGGUACAUGCCGCUGGCGGCGGUGGUCGGAGCAACAGCGUCGGCGGCAGCCGCAGCAAUGCCGGCGGCGGCAACGCAGCUCCCUCGGCCCCUCCCUCGGCCCAGAAACGCAGCAUCCUGAGCUAUUUUGCACCCGUCCUGGGUCAAACUAGCAGCUGCGGCGGCGGCGGGCAUGGUACGGCAGCGGUGCCCAACAACUGUCCUGCCGGGGGACUGCCGGCGCCGGCGCUGCUGGCCGGUGCACCUGACCAGAACUCCAGGGACGGCCCGCCGCCAUCCCUGGUGCUGCAGCGGCAGCAGGUGUCUCAGCUGCAGGCCCAGGUGACGCAGGUGCAGGCCGCCAUGGCUGCCCAGCAGGCGGCAGCGGGGGCGGAGAUGGAGCGGCUGAGGCAGGCGGCGGAGGCUGCUGCUGCGGAGGCGGAGGCGCUGCGGGAGCGGUGCAGGUCUCAGGAGGAGGCGCUGCGGGCGGCUGCAGCGGCUGAGGCGGCAGCCCGGGCGGCUCUGGAGUCGCUGCGGGCCAGUGCUGCCGCGGAGUCCGCCCGCUGGUCCUCCGAGGCAGCUGGUGCGGCCCGGGUGGCGAGCGAGCGGGAGGCCAGGUACCGCCAGGAGCUCACACGGCUGGUGCAGCACUGCGCCCGGUUGGAGCGCGCGGCGGCUCGGGGGCAGCUGGCCGCCAACUCGGCCCGCCUGGGGCAGCUGUCGCUGGUGCGCACCGGGCCCAUGCAGCUGGCGGAGGUGUGGGAGGACGGCACCUCCUUCCAGCAGCUGGCCAGCAGGCGGGCGGCGCUGGCAGCGGCGCGGGAGGAGGUGGUGGCGGCGCAGAAGGCACUGCGGAAGCGCCUGGCGCCUCCGCCCUCGGGAGCUAGGGCGGCAGCGGCGGCGGCGGCGGCGGCGGCGGCAGCUGGUGGCGGCGAGUCAGUGAGCGCUGGGGGAGCAGGUGCAGCAGGUGCAGCAGGUGCAGCAGGUGCAGCAGGCGAGACUCCCUACCUGAGCGGUUCCGAGUUCGUCGCAGCGGACGAGGUGUACAAGACCCGGCUGGCCGUGUUGAAGCGCGAGGAUGAGGCGCUGCGGGAGGAGGAGGAGCGGCUGGGCAGGGAGAAGAUAAGACAGAUCCGCGCACUCAAGCUGUCCCGCGAGGAGGACUCCUCCCGCUUCGCCUGCUGGCCGGUGCUGCCGGACCGCCCGGGGCCCGGGGGCCGGCCGCGCUACUGCCUGAUGAACCUGCUGGGGAAGGGCGGCUUCAGCGAGGUGCUCAAGGCGUACGACCUGUUCGAGGCACGCCCUGUGUGUGUUAAGAUCCAUGCGCUCACCCCGGGAUGGUCGGCGGCGAAGAAGGAGAACUACGUACGACACGCCAUUCGGGAGUACGACAUACACCGCACGCUGCGUCACCCCUGCGUGGUGGCGCUCCUGGAUGUGUUGGAGAUCGACAACGACACCUUCGCCACAGUGCUGGAGCUGUGCGAGGGAGGGGACCUGGACGGGCUGAUGCGGGAACACAAGACCCUGCCCGAGCGCGAGGCCCGCUGCCUGAUGCUGCAGAUCUUCUCCGGCCUGCGCUACCUGGCGGCACGGCGGGUCAUCCACUACGACCUCAAGCCCGCCAACAUCCUGUUCGACAGCCUGGGGCAGCCCAAGAUAACUGACUUCGGACUCAGUAAGCUCGUGUCGGAGGGUGAGACCCAGGCGGGAAUCGAGCUGACCAGCCAGGGUGCCGGCACCUACUGGUACUUGCCGCCCGAGGCCUUCCAGACGGGCGGACCCGCACCGCCGCGCAUCUCAAAUAAGCUUGACGUGUGGAGCGCGGGCGUCAUCUUCUACUCGCUGCUGUACGGCAGGAAGCCGUACGGCGAGGCCAUGAGCCAGGAGCAGAUGCUGCGGGAGCGGGUGAUGGCGGUGCCGCGGGAGGUGGACUUCCCGGCCCGACCCACGGUGAGUGCGGAGGCCAAGGACUUUAUCCGGCGCUGCCUGGCCUGGCACCAGGAGCAGCGGCCGGACGUGGAGGCGGCGGCGACCGACCCCUACCUCACGGGGGGUUCGGGGGCAGCAGCAGGAGGGGGA